AUGCCGGGCGACGCAGGAGGAGUUGACUCAGCCCGAAGCAAAGAUGCCAGAGGCCCCAUGUUUCGAACAGAGCCUCAAUCCAGGGUGGAAUUCUCUAACAGCAGUGGUACAGAACUCAGGUGUAGUGCCGAUGGAGUUCCGUCGCCAAGAAUUUCUUGGCAGAUUAGAGACGGUGGCGUCGCCAGGGAUGUCCCUGGAUUAAGGCAUCUAAGAUCAGAUGGUACUUUAGUAUUCCCUCCAUUUGCAAGAUCAGACUAUCGCCAAGACGUACACGACACUGUUUAUCAAUGUGUUGCUUCGAACGUCGUAGGAAAUAUUUUAAGUAGAGAAGUCCAUGUACGAGGAGUUAUAAAACAACGAUUCAAUCCACAAGUGUAUGACGACUACGUGGUUCGAGGGAACACAGCUGUUCUCAAAUGCAAUCUCCCAACUUUCGUCCGUGAAUACGUUGUUGUUGAUUCCUGGAUUAGGAAUGAUGAACAUGUGCUCAAGAUCACGGAAAACAAAGCGAGAUCAUACACCGUGCUUCGUUCUGGAGAGCUCCUGAUUCACGAGACUCAAGAAAAAGAUUCCAACUGGAGUUACAGAUGUCAAACUCGACAUAAAUUAACGGGAGAAAUGGUGACAAGCCUCAGCGCGGGGAAAAUCAUCGUUACAGAACCACAUGCGUCCACCCUGCCUCGAAUAACGUUCCAUCAGCCCCAGGUGCGAACAGAGGAGGGAUCAACAACACAACUGCCUUGUGUAGCGCAGGGAAGCCCACCACCGACUUAUAGAUGGAUGAAAGACGUCAAUGGAGGUUUAAGGCCCGUAACGGAAGACGGACGCAUUUGGAUUAGUCAGGGAACAUUGAACAUCAAAAAAGUUAUGCAUUCAGAUGCGGGAAAAUAUCAGUGCAUUGUUCGGAAUAGUAUCGGGGAAAGAAGAAUAGAGAGCGCUCUCAUUGUAACAGCUCCUCUUUCGGUUCAUAUUCGACCUCCACAUCAGGUCCUGAACAUAGGCCAAGAAGCAACUUUCAACUGCAAUGUAACAGGUUAUCCAGUGCAUACCAUCGCAUGGAAGAAGGACCAACGACAACUGUCCCCUUCGUCACGUGUCCGCCUGCUUUCUCGAGACGUCCUACAUAUCACUUCCGUUCGACGAGAGGAUAGAGGCAUGUACCAGUGCUUUGUUUACAAUGACAUGGAUGCAGCUCAAGGCACAACAGAGCUUAAAAUAUCAGAUGUUGCACCUACUCUAAUAUCGGCAUUUCCGGACCAUACAUCCCAUCCAGGGGAUUCUGUUUCUCUGAAAUGUAUAUCCACCGGGAAUCCAGUGCCACAAGUCACAUGGUAUCUGGACGACAGCAUUAUCGGUCAAAGUCCCAGGAUUACUGCAGGAGACAAUGUUAGCGAGCUGGGUCACGUGAUCAGCUUCUUGAAUAUCAGCGAGACAAGGGUGGAGGAUAGUGGUGAGUAUCAGUGUCACGCCUCCAACGACGUCGGUUCCGUGUUCCAUGCCAGCAGACUCAACAUCUUCGGCCCGCCCUUCGUUAGACGAAUGUCGAAUGUGACAGCCAUUUCGGGGGAAGAUCUGAUCAUCAGGUGUCCUUACGGUGGUCAUCCAAUUAAAGGAAUCCGUUGGUUAAAAAGUGGAAUAUUAUUGCCAUUAAAUCACCGACAAAAAAUUAAUCAUGGAGGCAGCCUCACCAUUCAGAGUGUUGAGAGAUUAGCGGAUGAAGGAGGCUACAGCUGCAUUGUUAGAGAUAAUGAUGGACAAACUGCGUCGUCUUCUACUUUUGUCACCGUUGUCGUUUCGCCUGUGAUAGAAUCGCAUUUCUUCAGAGAGAGUGUGACAGUUGACGAGGGAUCCCGUACAAAACUCAUGUGUGUGGUCACCAAGGGAGAUCCUCCUUUGAGGUUUCAUUGGUUGAAAAAUAGUCUUCCGUUCCUUGCCCAUGGAGAGACGACGGUGCAGACGUUCGAGGACUCAUCGAUAGUGACCUUCAAAAAAGUCGCUUCUGGGGACAGAGGUCAUUACACAUGCGUUGCAUCAAAUAUGGCCUCUUCAACUAAUCUUACUAUGCAGUUGAUUGUUAACGUGCCUCCGCAAUGGACUGUGGAGCCAAGGAAUGCUUCUGUUGUCCUUGGAAAUACUGUUUGGAUGGACUGUGCUGCUGUGGGAUUUCCGGCACCAAAUAUCUUAUGGAAGAAAAUGAUUUACACAGAGAGUACAGCGGGAGAUUUUACCUACGUCCAUUCCAGUCCUCGUGCUCACCGCUACAACAACGGCACGCUAGUGCUAUCUGAUGUAGAGGAGAGUGAUGCUGGCUCCUACUUGUGUCAAGCAAGCAACGGCAUAGGGGCUGGUUUGAGCAAAAUCAUUACUUUAAAAGUAUUAGUUCCUCCAAGAUUUAAAGAUCCCUAUUUAAGUAAAACUGUGUCGGAAAGAUCGAGCGUUAGUGUUUUGUGUAGUGCAGUGGGAGAUCCACCAAUCAGUAUUAAGUGGCUGAAGAAUAAAACUAUUUUAGACAUAAAAACAUUUCCAAGAUUUUCGAUACGAGACACAACAACAAAAUCUACAACUUCUUCUGAGCUUCACAUUGCUAGCGCAUCGCGAAAUGAUACUGGAAUUUUCACAUGUACAGCUGUGAGUGACAUUGGGGCAGAUGAAGCUGUGAUAAAAUUAGUUGUCCAAGGUAAACCUGACUCUCCCACGAAUGUGACAAUUACAAAUGUCACUAGCAGAUCGGUAACACUUUUGUGGGAGAUACUCGAUAGUGGUAACACUCACAUUACCGGAAGUAUAGUCCAGUAUCAGACAUUUUCAGACAAGAACUGGAAUGGUCAGACGUCGCAAUUGAUUGUAUCGAGCGCUGAAACCACCGCCACCCUCAGAGGAUUAACCCCAGUGACUUCCUAUUACAUUCGAGUGAUUGCGGAGAAUGCAUUGGGUAGGAGUGAGCCCAGUGAAGUGGUGCAACUGACAACGGAAGAGGAAGCACCAACCGGAUCUCCAACAGAAGUCCAUGUUCAUUCGACCGGAGCUCAAUCUAUGAAAGUCACGUGGAAACCUCCGCCCGAAGAGCUUAGAAACGGAGUCAUCAAGGGAUAUUACAUCGGUUACAGAAUAUCAGCAAUUGAGGACACUUACACUUUUAAACAAGUUGAAAAAUCCACAACAAAUGAGCAGCAGUCAACAUACAUCACGGGACUGCAGCCUUUUACCCAGUACGAUAUCGUGAUCAAAGCUUUUAAUUCAGCUGGUGCUGGUCCCGAAUCGAGCAAAAUCUCUGGAAAAACAUUAGAAACAGCACCUCCAACGUCCCCUGUUGUUCAGAUUAUAUCGUCAACUUCAUCAUCAAUUGACUUCAAAUGGGAUAAAGAUAUAAAGGACAAAUCAGCUAUCACGGAAUACACCCUCCACUACAAAACCGAGGACGGAAACUGGGUACAGGAGGCGCUCAGCAAUAGGCAGGAUCGUUAUACGCUGACUGGAUUACGUUGUGGAACACGAUAUCAACUGUAUAUGACCGCAUCAAACAGUUUAGGUACUGGCGAGCCUAGUCCAACAGUUUCAGCGAGGACACUAGGUGCAGCCCCGAUGUCACCUCACGAAUCAUCUUUCCUGCUUCCCAAUUCAACGUCAGUGGCGUUGAACCUCAACGCCUGGCAGAGCGGGGGAUGUCCGAUCCGUCACUUUGUGGUGCAACACCGGCCCAAAUACCAGAGCCAUUGGACCACUGUGUCUGAGAAGCUUGCGAUGCCCAGGGAAGUGUAUGUACUGCAGAAUUUAUCUCCGGACACGGAAUACGUUGUUAUGGUGACAGCCCACAGCGAUGCUGGCCUCACUCAAGGAGAAUAUUUAUUCCGCACCCUGUCUGCAAGUUCCAUAGUUCCCACGUCUUCUCCUGCUUUCGGAAAACGAGAGACGGAUCUGCCCUUUUAUAAGAAUGUCACCCUGGUCAUUCCCGUCGUCGUGUCUGCACUGGUGCUGGUGAUUGUUGUGUUCAUUGUUGUCGUCUGCAUAAGGAAACAUUCUGAGGAAAGAGAUGAACAAUCAGAUUAUGAAAAUCGGAAGGAUUCUUUAAUGAUGAGUGAUAUGAAUAAACAAAUUAAUAUCAAGUCUACAAAACCGUCACAGUACUCAUGCCCAGCAGGAAAUAAAGGGGAUUAUUCAGAACCUUACGCAUGCAUAGAUUCAGUAUCUCCACACCAGGAAUCUGGUGACGGUCUCUUUGCUACAAUAAAACGAUGUCCUACACGCCCAAUUUAUAUGUCUUCAUCAUACAAACAAGGUUUAGCUUCGAACCAAAACUCAAGUUUCUCCUGUCGGUCUGAUGGAAACAUUGCUGCUCAAAAGCCGCCAAACUUAGAAGCAACAAGUCAUUCCGAUACAGAUAAAUGGAACAAUCAGUCAAACAGUCACAAACCCAUACGAUGACAUUUUCCCAUUAGAACAAUGUCAUUUAUAUCCUCAUCACCGAAAAAAGAACAAAAAUGAAAUAUCGUUGACGUUUUUAACAUUUUGACGGGAUGGUGCAAUCAACCCUGCCAAAUCCGAAUUUUUAUUCUAGUCAAUCAAAUUAUGUAAAUUGUUAUUACAAAUAAAUG